GCAACUGGUACGUACGUCGCGUCGUUCUGUGCGUGCGCGCGAGCGCGAGUUUCAACACAUCUCUCCGCCGAUGCGUUCUCCAUUCGAUAUAACAACAUAUCGUAUUGGCGUCGCACCGUUCCUCCGUUUUCCGUUGUCCGUUCGUCCGUACAUCGCGCGGAAUCGCGGUCACCGGGUCGAAUUUCGAGAACCGGGUCUCGUCGCGCGGCGGGACACGUCCGUCCCGUGCCCGCAACGGAGGUAACGAGAUGCGUAGGAAGCCGCCAGCAUCAGGAUCGUCGAUUGCGUCGCGCAUCCCGUGAGGUUCGUGAAACCGGAAGCUGUCCUUGGAAUCGGAACCGGCGAAAUGAGGUGUCCGGUAAAUAAGGACGCUCAAUAACGAUGAUAAAAAGUUGAAAAUCGCGGAGAGCGAUUUGUAUUGUGAUCGAAAGUGAUUUCGCGAAGAGAUUAAACGACGACCUAUUUAACGAGUAUCUAUUUAACCGAUAAACGCCGAUUGUCGCGGAAUCGAUCAAACUUGGCGACGUAAUAAACCAGAGAGCGCGCAAAAAAAAGAACUUUUUCGUCCGGGAGAGAUCAUGGUGUGACUCGUGUGCGAUCGACAUAGAGAUCUCCCGGGAGAUCGACGCGAGAUUAUCCGGUGAUAGUGAUUCGGUAGUGAUCGGUUGUGGUACUGGUGCUUGAUACGUAGCUGCAAGUCGGAGAUCCGUUAGCGCUUGAGCCUCAUCCUCAUCGGUUUACUCAUGCUGGGAGUGCUGAAGCGGCGCUGGAAGCCAUCGAAAAGGGCUUCCAGCGGCCGCGGACCCGACUCACCCCUCAGCUCGGAUCUGGCGCUUGACAAGCCUCGUCCCAUACCAUCCCCCCGACAAAUCCACCCCUUAUACGGGGAAAAGGCCGGGCUUUUGGGUUACUGCGACACGGUCGGUAAUACGGAGAAUUUUCCACCAGCCCCCAAUAUCGUCGUGGAGGGUGGUAGAAUCGAGUUUGUGCGCCCUUCGCAAGAUGGCACGACGACACCCCGGAGAAACACCAUGUCCAGAGCUUCGCAGACCUUCAACGAGCAACCAGAGGAGAAGUCCGAUCCCGCCAAGGAAAGCUUGGAGGAGCGAGUGCAAGAACUGGAACAAGCGUUGCUGGCGGAACGUAUCGCGGCUCAACGAGAUCGAGCGACGAUCACAAAGUUGCAGCGGCAAAUUAACAAGAGGGAGGCCACGCAACGAGAUGUGGAACGAGAACGCCGGCAACGAAUGGAGGCCGAAGCUCGGGUACGCGAAGCUACGGCUGAAGCUGAAAGAACACGCUCGAGAGUUCAUCAUCUUCAGAGAGAGCUGGCCAGGAUGGAGGAGUCGUCGCGGAGCUUGCUGCAACAAAAGCACCGGGCCGAACAGCUGAAGCAGGAGAAAACGGCACUCACACUUUCCUACGAGGCACGCGUGCACCAGUACCAGGCGCAGAUAUCGAAGCUACAGCUAGAGAACGAGUCGAUGCGAGGUCAGCUGCGCGGUCUCGAGGCAGCAUGCGCCGGUGAAGUGCAUGCCGCGCUCGUGGCACGUCUGGCGACCCUGGAGACGGAACACGCGGCCCUGGCGCGGGACGCCGACGCCCAGCGUCGGCAAUACGAGCGGUGCCUGGACGACGUCGCCAACCAGGUGGUCCGCGCUCUCCUAUCCCAAAAGGGUCUCAGGGAGGAAAUAGGCGCAUUGCAAAGACGUAUACGAGAGCUUGAGGCUCAGAAUCGAGCAUUGUCGGGACUCCUGGCGCAGGCUGCCAGUCCUGGAAGUCCCACCGAACUGAUCCAAGGAAUUCUUGAGGCCGGUCCGGCCGCGCUAGUGGCCGCUUUGGGCCUGGAUCCUUCUUGGGUACCUCUGUCGAGGCCGCGUUCCCUCAACUUACAGAUACCCGUGAUGGCGGCUACUAAGUGCCGACGGAACAGACCUCUUGCGCAAAAACCCUCGGAGGAGGAGGGCAGCGAGAGUCCGGAGAGCGGUAAUCGCGACGAGGGUUACUCAACCAUGUCGAGCGAUGUUCAGGGCGAGGGCACGCGUCAGGAACCGUCCGCGCGAGGUCUCGAGGAUCUGAAGGAGGCCACCGACGAGACUGAGGCCGAUGUAUCGCCGGAUGCACGUCUCGUCGCCCUCGACGCUGGCGAUCCGGACGUUCUCUUCCUACCUCUGAAUCUCACGGUGGGCAUCAAUCCGCGCCACAGUUAUCCGCCGACCAAGGAUCUGCUGCCAUAUCAGCACGUGAUGCGCAGCUUCUCCGACAGCCACCUCUGCCUCAAGCUCACCACUACCGCGAAUUUCACGCCAUAUAAGCUACCCAGUCCCAUGGGCUCGUCCUCCCUUCUACUGGUGGAGGAGGAGGGCUGGGACGCCGAGUACGUUCAACAGUGGCUCAGGCUCGAUGACAGUAGAAGCGCGCAACAGCAUCGGGACCUACUCGAAUUGGAGUACGACAGAGCGGAGCUGGAAGAUUGGAGCUUCUCCCUGUCCACGGAGGACCUCGCACAAAAUGAAUCUGCAAUGUGGAAGGAGCAACCGGCUGCUACAAAUACGCCCGCUCUGCCGGCAAUCAAGGAGCAUAAUCUCCUGGAAUUGGAGGAGGACGCGAAUGAGUGCCUGUGGAACGGUGCAAGCUAUCUCGCCGAUAGAACCGGAGGAGAAUUGGUCGCGCUUUUAAUGGACGCGAGAGCGACCGGACCCUGGCCAUAUGCUUCGAGUCCUGGUGCAUCCUGGAGCAGCGAGGAAGGGGUCUUGGAAAAUUCGAGCAAGCGUUCAUCAGCGGCACUGUCCGGCUGCAGCGACGAUCCCGAUACUCCAUCAAUUGGCACCGAUUUUACCAGAGACUUUUAUCGGCUAGUAAAGUUCGAGAGCACCAAGAGCUUGGCUAGCACAUCGUCCAGGAGUGGCAGACCGCCGCCGGAUAGAGAACAAGCACUUCAAAGCGUCCUGUCCUUUAUUGCCGAGCAACAGAUGUACCUCGCGGAAUUACCGAACAAUCCCGUGGAACCGCAUAACAUUAUGUCUCACUCGGCCGAAGUAGUUACAGAAGUGGGCACUAACAAAAGUGAUUCCGCGGGAGAGGCAAUGGUCACGGAAAUGGAAGGAUCGUGCGUUCAAGAAAGUAGAGAUAAUACCGGAAAAGCUAUCGAAACGAGCAGCAACGAUGAGCUACUCGAUCAGAUACAGGUACCACCAUUAGCACCUGAGGAAAGGAUUGUAAGUGCCGUCUCGUGUAAUGGCGGCAUCUCGUAUACAACGGUAGCGCCGUCGGAAUUGGGAGCCGUUCCCGAGGAAGAUGAAGAGAUCGCGACUUCCUCUACGCCCAGUACGGUUGUAAGCCCGGCACGAGCAACUCUUUUCGUGGAGGGUAGGGAUCGAACAUUGAGUUUUCACGAGCGCGCCACGUCCAAAGACGUUAUAGACGAACUGAAUCGCAUGAUUCGUAAGGGCGAGGAUCACACUACCACUAUCACUAACAAUGAAUCGCAGGUAGUGCUAGAGAAACUGGAUCUCGCUUGCUGCUGUCCAACAGGAUGGGUUCACGUUGAACGCGAUAUUGACUUCACCGACCCUAAAGCCAGAGCCAAUCUCUUAGAUGUGAUGUUAGCAAGCAGCGAAAGUUCCUCGGCGACAUCAAGCAGUGGUUCGGCGGGCAGUGAUUCGGGGGAUGAACCACCUGAUUACCGCCACUUGCAUAGAUUACAUCGAUACCGACGACAAAAGAAAGCGUCGGCGGCCCAGGCGCACCGCGUCCUCCGAUUGCCGUCUACCUGGGGCUCGUCGCGGCCAUCGAUCAUCGGUCGCGGUGACGACUUCUUCGUACGUUAUGGGGACAAGGAACGCGAGGCGGUGGCCUCUUUCGACUUCCUCGACGAGUUCGUUGCAGCAACGAUGGCGGCCUCCUCCUCCUUGCUCGGUUCGGAUGGCAGCCCCCUCGACUUGGAUGAUGACCUGGCGCCGUGUGUCGACCUCAACAGUGACAUCAUGAAGCUUUCACCACUUUAGGAAUGAAAUACCGGGCCGAGAGCGCGCGCAAGUCUUUCCCAAGUAAAUAAAUUAGGCCAAGUGUCUUUUGGAUACCGGAAAAUCUAGUUUUUAAUUUUUUCUUUGACGAAAUUUUUUUUUAUUUCAAAUGUUUAAAUUCUCUAUUUUUAUUUUUAACAUAUGUAUAGAAAUGAGAAAACUAUAAUUUCAAAUUACAUUUUUUCAAAAUUUGAAAAAGAAUAUUGCACGGUAAAGGCUCGCGAAUCUACUAAAUGCAGCAUCAUUGUUUGCUUCAUGAUCAUGCCAAUUAUAACGAAUCAAAAUGACGAGCUACUUGAUGGUGGUUUGAUCCUAUUUAAUGCAGUGAAAGAUAAAACAAUAAGUAACUAUUUGCCACCGAUGUUAUAAUAUAUUCUUUCAUCAUCGACGAAGAUCGAUUAUUUUGAAAUAUUAGGCCAAUAUCGUUCAUCACGCUAUUCGUUUACGAUGAAUAAGAAAUAUUAUUCUAUAAUGUUUUCGACACCGCGCGUUUCGAGUCUUGAAAUUUCGUAUAAUUGUGUGAAUUUUCUCCUAUCACAUGAAAUAAUUGGAAAACUUAAAAACGUCGCGUGUCAAGAUAAAUUAACGAUUUAAGACAAAUAUUUAUCUUGUCUUUUUUUUCUGCGAGCUUCCUCUUAUUCGAGAUACAAAUAACCCACUAUAGUACAGUCGAAUGUAAAACAGAAAAGUGAGAAAUCAAUGAGAGUAAGUAAUUUAACAAUAAGCUAGAUCCAAGAUGGAUUCAGGUUCCUAACUAGAUUCAGGCUGAUCCUUGAUUGGAAUCCAGUCUGCAAAUCGAGUUAAAUAGGACAACAUCUCUAUUAUCACUAUCUCUAAUAUCCGAUUUCAGUAUGCAGUCAAAAUACAUAAAUUUUGUGUUAUAUUCGCGCUGUGCUUUGGUGCGCUAAAUAAAAAGGAUCUACUAAUGGGUAUGUGCGGAUAAAUAUUAGUCAAAGACUUAGCGAUAAGGAUAUGUAAGUUGUAGUCGACCUGUGACAUUAAAAUAGCAUAUACGGCGAGCACAAAUCGCCACGAUUGGAAGGCCCUCGAAAAAAUGAACGCACACUAGCGUCAUAGAUAUAGCUGCAAUCUUUUUACAAAUAUUUCGGAUACUGUAUAUCACGAUUGUUACAAAGAACAGGAUCUUUCUACUAACUUAAAAAAAGAUUAAACAACAAAAUUCUUUUAUAAAUAUUGGAUUCGUCAGGAAAUAUAUUAUGCAUAAUAGUUGAAUUUCUUCUCGCAACGAAUUAAGACGUAUCAUAAUGAAUUAAUACGUAUCAUAAUAAAACAAAGAUUCAAUGUUUGAAAAUGAAGAUUUUUUUGUAAAUGAGAAUUUAACAAUUCGAUAAACUCCGCGAACUUAAUAUUUAUGAAAAAAAAACUAUGGAGAAAUUAUUUAAAUGGCUCUAAACUGUCAGAGAUCUUGAUUGUGAUUGAAAGAAACGUCGUUUCCAUCGAGGAUGGUGCAUUUUAAACGACACAAGCUGUCAUUGAAUCAUUGUGAUGACUUCCGGGGAAAUAUAUGUCACAGCGCGGUCACCUUCCAAAGUGAGCUUAGAGAGUGUAGACUAAGAGGUAGUUGUAUCGAUUUUCUAUGAAUUGUUAGAUAUUUUAUACUCCUUUACUCCCUCCUCCUACCUUCCCGUCAAUCGUCGAAUGAGCGUCGAAAGAUUCGCGAAGAUCGUUAUACGAUAAUUCGAUCUAUGCGCGACGAACUAUUUUCUUCUGUCCUUAGAGAUAUAAGAACGUAAACGAGCCUGUAAAUUUCGCUUCCAAACUUUGUAAUAUAGUAGAUUGUGAGAAAGAGCGAAAGAGAGAUAGAAAAAGGUAAUCUUGCGUAGAGAAAAAAAAUUGACAAAAUAACGCGAUUAUUUUGUCGGGCGGACGAAAGGGGCACUUCGGUGUAAUUUGUACGAAAAUUGUCACUCCGAGGCGAUUUUUGAGUAAUGUUUGGUCGAAUUAUAGACAUAAUAUCAUUAGUGUAUACGUAACUUUAAGAUAAUGAUAGAGAUCAAGAUUAUUUUACAUGUAGUUGUAUACCUGUAUGACAAGAGUAUGAGGAUCAAUAUUUAAGAUGGAGAGGAGGCUGCAUGGACGUUGAAAGUUGUCCUAUAUAUACUCGCGUUGCUACUGUUCUAGUCAAGCAAGUGAGAUCAUCAAUUAAUCUUAACAAUCUUGUCAAUACAUUAAUUAAUCUUAACAAUUUUAUCAAUACACUACAUUGUAUAGUGUAUUGAUAAAAAUGUAUCUCCUCGUUCAUGAACAAACAUUGAGAUAUAAAAAGAUAUUUGAAUAAUUUGAAAUAAAAUUUAACCCAUAGACGAUCUCAUCUGAACUCUGUAAUACAUUUCAUCUUCUUUCAGAUAAUAUUUUGCAAAUCUUUAAAAAAAUAACUUAGGGGCUAUAAUAUUUAAAUUAAUCCUUGUAAUACAUUAAUAAUACCUUAUACAAUCAUGAUCAUAUAUACAUAUAUUACUGUUAUUUAUUAAAUAAAAAUAAAAAUACGAAUCUAUUAAAUGAUGAAAAUUUCAUUGACAAAUAUAUGAAAAAGAAUGUAUUUUCUAAUGUAUGCCAAUUAAUCAGUGCUAAUUAACGGCUAUCUUAAUACGCAAGAUUACUUCCGUUAAAAUACGCUGUUGCUAUGUUAAUUUAAAUCAAAAAAAAAAUAUCGUAAUUUAUUUUAGUCAUUAUAUUUUAAUAUUAAUAAAAUGCAAAACUGGUUGUAGAAAAGAAAAAUUUAAUUUCUAAGGAAACAACUUUCGUCCUGCAGCCUGAAAAUAAUAGACUAACGACAUAGCUUUAAGAUGUUUGUAAGUUUUACCUGGGGACCGUACGGCCCCAUCUUUAUUCCCGGUCGCAGUAGCAGCAAAGUCAAAUGAUAAUCGCGAAAUGGAGAUAGACUUUUGCUGAACGACAUGAUGUACAUAGUAUGUAUUAUAGCUCAAAACGCAGAUGUAAGCAAUCCUCUCUUGAACUUAAUAAAUAAUGACAAUAUAUGAACGUAAAAAAACUGGUCAUUUGAAUUGUUGUCAUUUAUAUUUAUUUAUUGAUGUGCAAAAUUGAACAUGCAGUUUUAUUGCGCAGCAAUAGUAAUUGCAUGUACAUUAUAUAUCAAAAACGACGAAAAAAAUUAAUCAAAACCACGAUAUGCACAAAACAACAGUUCAAUAUUAUGUAAAGAUUUUAAUUUCAAUUCAAUAUAGCGAAAUUGUUAUUAUCAUCAAAAGAUAAUAUUCAAUUGACGUUGAUUAAAAAUAAAGAGCUUUGAGCUUUUAAAAAAGAAUAUAUUCCCAGGAAAAAUAUUCUUUCUAUAUGAUAAUGCAAAAAUAAUAAUCAAAGUAAUUUAAAACUCUAAAAUUAAAAUAAUUAGUCGAAGAAUUAAAAAUAUGAUUAUGCGAUUAAAUAUAGCACAGUUAUUUGGUCUAUAUAAUACUGAUUGAUUUAAUCUCAAAACGUUGAAUUAAUUUUUGAUAUAAAUUUGGGCGUGUCGAUUUUAAAUUCGUAUGAUAAAUUAACUUGUACGCGUGCGAGAUAAGGAAAUUCAAAAAGUUGACCUUGACUUGCAAAUUAAAAAAGGUAACAAAAUUUCGGCCGUUUACGCGGCAAAUGUUCCCGCCAAAAAAAAAAAAGCGCGGGAAUACUAACAUCGAUAUUACGACACUGUUGCAUUGCAUAUCGAUUUUUUCGAAUACUCACCGUGAGAUGAUAAUAAAUGCUAAAUAACAUUUAUUAGCAAUAGUAACAGAAAAAUGAGUACAAAAAAGACACAUUGAUUUUAUUUUUCGCAUUUCUCAAUCAUUAGUUCUAAAUUUGAUAGUCGUAAAAACGAGGAAUUAUUCACGCGUAAAUCGUGGAUCGUAUUUAAUGAACUAUCUAAUGACGCGAUAUCGAAUUGAAUUGAAUUUAACGCGAUAACGAUUGACAAAGCGAUUCAAUGACUCGUAAAUGUAAAAAAUUAUAUCCGAUAUAUCAAUUUCUUAAUGUAACAGCAUUUGUCGUUAAAAGGAGAUAUGGAUAUGGCGUCGUUAUUGCAGACGCGGAGAGAUUUAUUCAUUUAUUAAUAGGUAAAAAUUAAAGGAAAGGAUUUACUUGAUUACUGUUAUUUUGCAUCCCAUCCUGAUUCUUGAUUCGGUAGUUCAGUGGACAUGAGAAGAAACACACACACAGUGUUUGCUUGAAAAAUAAAUCACACGGCCACUUUGUUCACGAUAUGUGAUGCGAUGGACGGUUCGAGUUUAACUGACUUCAAAUUCAAGGGGGCGUCUCGGUUCCAAGGGCGCCACUCACAAGUAUGAAGAUAGCCGAGGGAGCAGGCAGACAACAUAGAAGUGAGAAAAAUGAUCGAAGGAUGCCAUUUUAGAUGAGGAGAAUUCACCUAAAAUGAAAAAGGAUAACAUAAUUGGCUAUUCAAUAUUGUCAUCACUUUUUUGAUUUGAAUAAAAAUCGUGUUCGGGAUAUCUAGCAGUAUGUUGUCAUCCUUAUUCAUCGCAUAUUAGCAGUUAAUUUCGGAACACAAUCAAAAUGAGAUACUUCAACUUAAAGUUGUACAAGCAACAUAUAUGUGUAUAUAUAUACAAAGAUAUGUAUUUUAAAACCAAAUACUUAAUACGCUGCUUUUUUGAAUGUAAAAAUAUAAACGAUAUAAAAAACAAAGCCCUAAUAAUCAUAAAUAUGUACUUCAGAGCAUUAUUCUCAUAUUUGUCAAAAACUCGCACAAAUACAUUUUCUCAUUCAGUUACUUUUAAAUGCUUAAAUUCUAAAUAAAAUUGAAAAUUAUGAAAAAAAUAUCAGUAGAGAUUUUUAAUACGUGAAAGUACGCUAAAUCAAACUAUUUUUUGCUGAUGUAAAAAAGAAAAAUCAAUCGCGUGAGUCCUUAUCCUUUUUCUAUGUUUAUUUAAUUAAUGUACAAAACUGGGCACAUAGUUUGACUCGCAAUAAAAGUGAUAGUAAUCGCUGGUACGUUUAUAUAUUAUAUCGAAAACGGCGAAAUAUAUAAUCGAAUAUAAUACGCGUUAUGUAAUAAUUUGACGAUGUAAGAUAAUCUAUAUCUAUGAGAAUUUUACAACUUCAUUUGAACAAUUAUUUCUAUAGUAUGCCCAGCUUUUAUAUGCGAUUUAUCGUCGCGCCUAUUGAUAAAAUAUUUAUACAAAUGUCCCUUCAUUUGUUUAUUUGUUUGUUAAGCACGGCGAUGGGAUUUCUUAAAGUAGUUUUUAUUACAAGAGAAAAAUACAUAUAGAUUUAUAUAGAUAAUAGCCAUACUGUGUGCUGUACAAACAAAGUGAAUUUUAUGUAAAAACAUAUAUGAAAACUCCGUGUUUUAAUAGCGGUUAAUCUUUUCUUACAGGUACAAUCUUGUAAUCUAUUAUGAAAAAAUCUUUAUAACGUUAACUUUGUAAAAUACUAUCGCUCUUCCGUAAUAAGUAUACCAAGUAUUUUGUUCGAACUCGAACUAAUUAUUCGGAACGAUAUAUGUUCAAUAAUUACACAACAGAUAUUUUAUUUUGUUUCAUGUUUUUCUAAUUGUUAUCGAGGUAUAAAUGUGAGUCAAAGCAAUACCGUAUCAAAAUAUAUAACCGUAUAAUCGUAUUAAAAAAAAUAA